GCGUCUGGUUACGCGGAGGAUAGACGCAGAGUUUGCGCGGACGAGGCGCGCGCCAAGCAGCUCCGGGAUCGCGUCGCGCAGAUGGCGCGCGACGCAGGAGAUGAAGCCACUGCUAGCAGACUGCUGAAGACCGGACGAGAAGCUUACCCUGGCUUCGACGAAAUGAAAUAUUUCUGCGAGGUCUUGGGCGGCCAGGUCGUUGUCGAGCACUACGAGGACACGAAGCACUCUGUUCAGAGUGUUUACGGCGACGGCCCGUUGGUAGCGCUUUUUCGGCUUCAUAAGCAGUCCUCUGAGGAUGGGCACGAGGUCGAUCAUUGGUCGUGCCUGCAGAGUUGGAUCCCGCGAGUUCCAGGGGUCGCCGAGCACCAGAACGAGCCCGAGGAUGCGCCCGCCGAUCCGGUCGCCGACAACAGCUCCAUGCAGCGACGAUUGAAGCUUCCAGGAGCUGCGACAUGCAAUGCAGAAUUCGACGACUUCCUGAUGGACGUAGACAACGAGCGGAUCUGGCUGGAAGGUUUAGAGGCAGACCCUGACCCGCCUGCGCAGAGCAUACUCGUGCAGACGGAGGCGGUGAAGGCACUCAUUGAGCAGAAGCACGUCUCAUGGGAUCCGUACCUGAAGCGGAUUGCCCUUGGGGCGCUGGCCAUGUACCGGUGUCGGCUAUCCGAUAUCUACGUUCGAGAGUACGUCAUGAUGAUGCACAUCAUACUUGGCGGUGAUUAUCUUGUCGCCCACGACGGGGUAAUGUACUUCUGCAACGGGAAUAUAAGGUUCUUCGAGAAGUACGAAGGUCUCAUGCCAGAGAUUGUGUAUGCUGCUCUGAAGGAGUACCUCUUAACUUUAGAAGGGCUUUUCCGGUCUUUCACCGGCGAGGUCCGGCGGGAUGACGAGUCCGUGAUGGUCGCCAUCGAGGGGUCGUUGGAGAAGAGCGGGCCGGAGGCUUCGAAGGCGUUCGCCGCGUGGCGCGACAACGCCAUCUUCAACAAAGGAGGCAAGGGCAGUGGCAAGGGCGGCGGCCUGAGUGGCGCGGGUGAAUCUGCCGCAGAAGCCGACGCCCUGACGCAGUUGGAUACGCACGGGCUGGAUGGCGAGGCGCCCGCGCCGGCUGACGGUGCGCCCGCGCCGGCGGACGACAGCGCCGCGCGCAGCGCGCCGUGGUACAUCACGAUCGCAGUGAGCGUUGCUCGAGUUGGACGAAGCUUACAGAUCCAGAUGAUUCAGAACAAGUUGCCGUCGUUUUACUGCGAGUGGUGCGAGACUCCGCGCCCCUCGCACAGGGGCGUCGCCCACCCCGACAUCGCGUUCGUCAACGACCAGGGCGGAACCCCGAUACAAAAGAUCGCGACGGAGAGCGAACGCAAGAGCAUAUACAUCGGCAUACCGCACAAAAUCAAAGCUUAUUUGGGCGACCCAGUGUUGAAGGCGGCCGCGACGAGAGUGGACCAGUUCUACAGGCAGACAUUCUGGGCAAACGCCGCCGCGCACAAAGUGUGCAUGGCCGCCCUCGCCCUGGCGAAGAGAGGGUUGAACGUCGACCAGCUGUUCUUCUUCUGGGGGGCCGGCGGCGUCGGGCUUUCCCUGACGACAGCGCAUCUCGACGCCAUGCUCGGACACUCCAACCACAAGUAUUUCGACCCGCAGGUGUUCUAUCUGGACGAGGAGAUGCGGAAGACGGUGGAGUCGCUCAAAGGCACGAUCGUGCUCACGGCACAGGAGAAGCCAGAAGGCUUGAGGAAGAGCUUCCGGGAGGACUUGUUCAAGAAGCUGGCGUCUGCCGACGGCAUCUUUGGUCGGCUCCCGUAUCAGAUUUUGACAAAGGUUAUAUAUCUGGUCGGGUGGAAACGCAUGGAGCUAAACAAGCUCAUCACUUUCGACGGAGUUACUGAGGGUGCAUUCCACGCCAUCUACCGGAGGUCUCUUCUGAUCAAGAUUUUCGCAAGGUUUGUUGAUGCGGAGUACAUCAGGCGCGUCCUGCCAGACGCAGAGAAGUACGGCAUCUUCCCGCGGGCGCCGGAUCUGAAGCCGUUCAUGCAGUCGGGGCCCGCCAUCGCCGCCGGUCUGCAACGACAGCUGGGCUUCGAGCGGAAAUGCGGCGAAGCGGCAGCGAGGUCGGUGAUAGAUGAUUACUGCCUGCGCGGAGGAGAUAACGGAAUCACGGAGAAAUACAUGCGACAGGCGUGUCUUCUCCCGGAGCCGAGCAAGCCGAAGCCGAGCGGCCAGAGCAGCGCGGCUGCGCCGCCGCCCGGAGUCGACUUCGAGGUCGGGGCGGGCGGCUCGCAGGAGACGGUGGAGCCCAUGGUGCAGUUGCGCUGCCGCCUCCUCGGCCAGAUGCUCGAGCGGAGUUUCGACGCCUUGACGUUCCCAUAUUUCAAGCAGAUUCAUACAGGGCAGAUUCAGGGCUUGCCGGAGAAGAAACCCACAGUGUGGAAGGCGAUGUUGUCCAGUGGAUGGUAUAAAGCUGGUCUGUACGGCAAAGCAAAGGAGAGGUUUUUACCGAAAUUGUUGACCACUCGCAAGUACAAUGAUAUUGUGCCGGAGCCGAACGUGGAGGUCCCGACCGUGCUCCCUGAGCAUUGGGACCGCGCGGCGCUGGGCCGCUACGCGAACGGCAACGCUUGUCGCAAGCACAACGUCGACAUUAUGAUUAGUGUUUUAGCGGCCGUCCCGAAGCCGCGCGGGCGGAAGAAGCGUGGGACGGAGCCCGAGGUGGGCGACAACGCCCAUCUGCGCGCGGUCGGCGCGUCCAUUCAGGCAGCAGAGCGCGCUCUGGAAGAGUUGCUCGAGGUCGCGCGCGAGAAGCCGACCGUGGUCCCUGCCGACGCCCCAGCGGAGAAGAGGAGGAAAAUCGCUAUAAAGAAGAGCGCCAGCGGUGGCAUCGACAUGACGGAGCGCAGCAUCCCCUACACAUACAAACGCACUGCGGCCCGUCGCUUCGCGGAGGGUCCGGCGGCGCAGGGGUGCCCGGCGCGCGUGCUACACGCGCUGCUGCAAGGCACCGUAGAUCUCGACAUCCACAGCGCAGUUCUGACCAUCGUUUGGCAACUCGUGGAACGACUUACCAUGGCCGAUAAGGACGUUUUCAAGGAGGAGUUGGAGUUGUUGAAGCAGCUGGCCGAGGACAGGGACGAGGUACUGCGGGGCGAGUUGCCCGACAUGGGGCCCCAGGCGGCCAAGCGCUUCGUACUCGAGACCAUCGGCGGCUCCCGCUCUUUCGAUGUCGAUGCCAAGCCCUUCGCCAAGAAGUUGCAGCGCGUGAGCCGCGUACUGCGCUGGCUGGCAUGCUCGGCGUUGCCCGAGGUUUACGACAGCUUCUGCCGAGACGCCGCGCUGGGCGACGGCGAGAAGACGGAGAAAUGGCCAGAGGGGCAAACUUUCUCGACUUUCUACCAGCGCGCGGAGGACUACAUCCUCCGCGAGUGGCAUGCGUGGGUGCUCACGCAGCCGGUCAAGCAUUUGUCACUGCAUUUCGACGGCGUCAGGAUCAGCAGAGACGCGGUGCUCGCAAGGCAUGCCACCGUGGCGGACUACGCCGCUGACGCGAGUGCCCACAUCGCGAAGGAAACAGGCUUCGUAGUCAAAAUCAAGGAGAAGACCCACCCGACGAUCGCGGAGGCACUGUCGAGCUGCGGGGCGUGGCGGUCGGUGGAUGCGGCGCCCGGAAACCUACUGAAGCCCGGCAAUGGUAUUCUGCUGGCGCUGUGGCGAUGCGGCGACGCCAGGGUCUCCGCGUCCGUUGUCUCUAGCGUCGGUGCCACGUCAGUGGGGAACAACGCCGCCAGCGUGGAGAAGGGGAGAACGUACGCGGAGUGUUGCCUGAGCCACGGCGUGUCAAUGGCGCCGCAGCUGGGCUUCGAUGCCUGCGAGCAGGGGUUUUAUCUGCUCCACAUGGACGGGCAUGGUUCGCCAUCAUGCGCACUAGUCCACGUGGGGGCUGAGCUCGACAUGGCGACGGUUUAUUUCCGUGACAAAGCUGGAGAGAUGAAUCUGGAAGAGCUCCGUGAUGCCGUCCUCGUCGGGCGAGAUUCGAGGCGAAUCCGAUGUGUUUCCGGGGUCAAGCGGUCCAUCGAGUAUGUGUCAAUCCAGCUCCUGAGCAGCACUGGCGAGCUGGUAGAUGACGAGAGGCCCGCGACACCAGACCCUUACCUGCCUGACGUCAGCAAGCGGCAGUGGGAGGCCAAAGUUGUGGCCUGGCGCAGGGAGAUGUCACAACUGCUUGACGAAGUGCCAAUUGGUGCGACGGAAUUGGCAGCGGCCGAAGAGCUCGGCGUCUGGGUAGAGCCCUCGCCGCCCGCCGUGCGCGGCUGGCGUUACGUCAAGUGGGAGCCGCCGCGGCGCGAAGCUGGAUUGGCCGCGAGCGUGGGCCACUUCGCGGCCGUCAUCCUGCGGCCCGGCAGCGCCACUGUGAUAGACCGCCGAGCAGGUCUGCCAGCGGUUCGCGAGUGGUUGGCGUGGGGCGACAUUCCGGACGUCGAGGUGCCCCAAGUCCCGUGCGAUUUCUCCCUCGAGCUGCCGCGUCUUCCGAAGAUCCGCUUGCUCGAGCGACUCAACGCUCACCCUCGGGACUCCCAGUUGCACUUCGUCGAAGAGUCGCACGCCUAUUACAUUAGCGGCGCGCGAACGCAUGGGUCGGUCACGGGAUUGAUACAUGAGUACUGCAGUGUUUUCGACGCUGGCGCUGUGAUUGGGAAGAUGCGGAGCGGGCGGAACUGGCCGCGACCUGAUUAUUUGCGCCACCCUCGCCCGGAAGACGUGGUCGCGGAGCUGCGGGCCACGGCGGAGGCUGCUCGCUUGCACGAGUUACUUGUUUCGCACGGGGCUUGCGACGCCGAGAUCUGCGCCGAGAUGAAGGCAACUGCGAGAGCGGCCCCCCGCUUGGCAAACCAACUGGAGGGUCUAUCUCUCUCGGAUCACGAGAUCGUGGAGAAAUGGCGCCUGAACAAAGAAGAGGCGGCUAGGCGGGGCACCUGGAUGCACUGGACGUUCGAGGCCCACCUCAACCGCGUUCCGGUGUCCCACGAUGCCGUCGAGUUCCAGUUGUUCUUGGAAUUCUUGGGCGCGCUGGAAGGUCUGGCGGCUUUCCGCGCCGAGUGGGCCAUCUUCGCCGAGCACGAGGGGCUUGCUGGGUCAAUCGACUUCGUGGCUCGAGACUCCGCGGGCAGCCUGUGCAUAUACGAUUGGAAGCGGGCGAAGAAUUUACGUUCGAAGUUCACGAACCCAUGGGGGAAUAUGAAGUUUCCAUUAAGCCGAUUGUCAGACUGCCAGGGAAAUCAUUACCGGGUGCAGCUUAACAUCUACAGGUGGAUGUUGGAACAUUACUACGGCGCCCGCGUGGCCGCGAUGUAUGUGGUCUGCCUUCAUCCGGACAACGGCGACCAGCCAUUUGUGGACGACGUGCCGGUGAUCCCAGAUAUCGAGGAGCUCAUGGCCAUUCAACGCACGAGGUCCCGAGAGUUGCGGGCAAUGGCGUCGGAAGACGCCCGCGAGAUAGACCCCCUGGGCGGCUGGCCGCGGCCAGUCGUGGCGGCGCGCAUGCCGUAUUGCCUGAGCACCGCGGCCAAUUUCGAUCGCGCCUUUCGCCAGAUGUCAGUGGACGUCGCGCACUGGGCCUCGCGUGGCCCGCACGGUGCCGGACUGCCCGGAGUCCUCGCUGUUGUGCCUUGCUGGUUUCAGCCUGCCAACGCAGAACUUGCCUCGGUGACAGCCCCCAGCCCUGUUCACGAUCGCUGUUUCCUUUGCGGGAUGGACGACGGCGACGUCGACGGCAUCGGCCACUAUCUGGAAGGGUGCGUGGCCACGGUGAGAUCAUUUCCUUUCCCCGAAUUGAUGCAUUUGCGCGCAGCGACCUCCGCGUGGGCCAUGUUGGCGCAGCGAUUGGAACCUCGCGGCGACGUCUUCGCAUGCGCGCGGUGCAGCGGAGUCUGCGUCGCCUGGGAAGACACCCUGAACAUAGAUUUCACCGCCGAUAUGCUCAGACUGCACCGGCGACACGCGGAGCAGGACGGUGCCAGGCUCGCGCCGGCGCCGGCUAGGAAACGGAUCAGAGGCAAGAGAACGGCGGACGACGUCGGCGAGGGCUGGGUGUGCCUCGCGGCCGAGCAGCGCGAGCCCCACGAGCUCGCGGACGCGGACUCGGCGGAUGCACCUGAAUCUCCGAGCGGCGAUGAGGGCGAGACAGCAGUGCGGACAGAGUUGUUCGAGUGCCUGGAGAAGGAAGUCAAGAGUUACGCUGCGGGAGUGACGCUCCUGCGCCCCAAGCGGGACAGCGAGGGCGUGAAGUUGAAGUUUGCGUGCGGUCUUUGCCCGUUCCGAUCGUUCUCGACGCAGACGCUCUUGGCCACGCACGUCUCCAAGUACCACCUCAGAAAGACGCGCUUCGUGGCCUCUGGCACGAAGCAAUUCAAUGUCGUGUGCGCGUUGUUCGACAACGACCGGCUUCUGCGAACUCCAGCAGGGAACCUGCUGAAGCGGUCUGCCACGAUCCUGCGCGAGACAAUAUCUCCUGCUGUUCAUCGCGGACAGAACGCCAUUGACAAGGACAUUGUGCUGGUCCUCGACGACGACGGGCCGUCGUACCAGAACAAGGCAGCAGUCGGGCAGAAUCUCGCGUGCAGACGAGUGGGGUACACAUGCUAUACCCGUGGCUUCGCCGAUAUCCUAUUGCAGGAGUCCUUGCGCCACCAUGGGCGCGUGCGCCCGGCGAUGCUGCGGACGUGCGCUCGCGUCGUAGAGCAGGGCUCCGAGUUGAGCAGCAUGCUGCCGACAGCGUUGAUCACUGGCUAA